CCAUUCUACUAAUCAGCUGGUGUCGGUCUAUGCCAUUUUACUUAUAGGGAAGAUUUAAGAGUUUUUUUCCUCUUUUUUUUUCAAAAAAGAGGUCAGUUCUCGAAAGAUAUAGAACAGUAUUAACAUCUUCAAUUUUUUGUGGGAUUGUCUCUCGCUUGUAGCAAUAUAUAGAAAUAUUUUGAAGAAAAGAUUCUUAAUAAAGAUUUGUACUACUGAACCUCCCCCAUAAUUCCAUAGUACAAACAUAAGGCAUUUUGUUUUGGUUCAAACUUCAAAGAAGCUGAGGAAGCGGUAAUUCUGAAUUGCUUGCUGCGAAAAUCCCUUUGAAUUGUCGAUGGUUGGUGGAUCUUGUGGUUGUGGUUUUCACAUUUUUAGUGCUCAUAUGUAAAGUGUGAUAUCCUUGUUCAAGUUCUGUGUGCAUCGCAUGGCCUGUUUGGAUGAAUGAAAGAAGAGCCAAUGGUGAGAAAGUCUGCGCGUUGCCCAGCCACACAUAAGCCUAGUGUUUGGAAGCCACUCACAAAACUUUACCUCAAAAACCUGUCAGUCUUCUGAGAAAAGUCUGAGUCAGAAAAACUCGGUGGCUAGAGGCAGCCAUCAGGGGCAAGAAGCCACCGCAACUAUGGCCGCCGACAAGACUAAAGAGAUGCUUCAUCGGAAGAGGCGGAGUCUGUCGCUGCUUCUGGCCCAGAAGGAGGAAGCCCCUUUCUCGCCGAUUUUCCCCAAGAUGGGCGGAGUCUCUCCCAUGACAUCGCUGUCAAUCAACAUGGGCGAAUUGAGUUGCGUUGGCAACACUCCCAAGAGGCGACUGUCUUUGUCCAGUACUGGGGACACACCGGCCAGCUCAAGAGAAUCAUCACAGAGCUCCGAGAGUGUUGUCUUCUAUCUAGACUCGCCUGCUGAUGAGGAAGAUUCCCCAUUCCUGGACCAAGGACCUAGUGCAUUCCGACGAGUCAAUUCCAAACCAAGUUGUCAGGCCAUUCCGCAGCCACCAGUGUUUUCGUUGUCCAAAGAGCUCAAGAAUGAUGAGGGAGGGUCUGGUUGCCUAGCAACCGAGCCAGAGGGGGCAGAGGGGCAGCGGAAUCGGUCCAAAACAAUCAUGUGGGAAGCGUGCAAUGAUAAAGAGAACAUAAAUAUACAGAAUCAAAUUGCUACUUAUCAAUCCGGAAGACCGCGGCAGAUAUCCUUCAUUGAGUCGGGCACAUCAGAUGCCUCUGGCAAGGACAGACCCAUCUCUGCUCCAGCGGCCUUGCUUGACCAGUCAUCCAGACCACAGAUGACAAUCAUAAAUUCUCCGGUCAAGCUCCAGCACUGUCGUCUGGCUAGCAGUAACGACGACGAUGAAGAGGACGGCUUCACAGACAUCUUCGCUGGAGAUGCCAAUCAACCUCCCGACUCGGGCAUCUCAGAGGGUCUGAGCUCCCUCAUGAAUGCCCCCCUGCUGACCACCUCACCCCCUACCCCCACGCCCACCGGCACCAGUCUUCCAUUGGACCAGCCCCAACCCCACCUAGACUGCAAUGCCCUGGCCGACACCCCGGGGCCCAAGUGUCGACGGGGGAUCUUCAAGGUUCCCAGCCAGCCCGUGCUGAGGCGCGGGGCAUACUUGAAGCGGCCAGACAGACCCCGGGACACGCCCAGCCCAGUACAGAGCAAAAGAUACCGGAGCUGCUCUAUUGCUAACACCUCGGAUGUCGGCAAAGAAACGAUACAAACGAAUAAGUCUCCGCGAGCACGACCCCUUAGCCGGUCCCACUCCAUGGAUGACAGUACUGAGUACCAGGCAAGAAUCGCCAUGGCACUGAUGCCCAACGUGGACUGCACAAAGUUGACCGGGGACCUCAGAAAGCCGUAUGCUCUACCUGUAUGCAAAGGCAAACAUCAGGAUUUACAGAGCAUCACACCGGAGACAGUGUGUCAAGUCCUGAGGUCAGAGAUCGCUGAGGUCAAGGAGCAUUACAUCUUGGAUUGCCGCUAUCCGUAUGAGUACAACGGUGGGCACAUCAAGGGUGCCAAGAACUUGUAUACCAAAGAGUUGGUGAGUCAGUUUUUCCUGGAGCAGCCUUUAGAGCCCCUGGACGGUCGUGUCAUCAUCUUCCACUGCGAGUUCUCCUCCAAGCGGGGGCCCGACUUGCUGCGCUUCCUGCGCAACAAGGAUCGGGAGGCCAACCCGUACCCGGAGCUUUACUACCCAGAGCUCUACAUCCUGCAGGGGGGUUACAAGGCCUUCUACGAGCACGACAAGACAAUGUGCGAGCCGCAGUCCUACACACCGAUGGACCACGAGGGCUACCGAAAGGACUGCCUGCACUUCAAGGCCAAGUCCAAGUCGUGGGCAGGGGAGCGCAGCCGUCUGGGUCACCGCAAGACCUCUGUCAGCUGAUGGCCCUUUACGGUACGACUGGAUAGUUCAGGGAAGUAGAAAAGAAUAAUAAAUUGUUCCAGCUCACCUGUCCUAAAUGGAAUCAAGAAAUGAAAUGUUACUUUUGUAUAUUUUCUAUUUUGGAAGUGGGCUGCAGACUUUUCUCAAAGUUGACUUUUUUGUAUCCUUUUCUGUGUUCUUUUGAGAUUGGGAUUUGGAGUAAGUUAGAGAUUGAACGGAUUAAUGAGUCAUAGAUCACGGAGUGAGCCUACUCCAAUGACGCCAAAAAAUUGCAAGCAGAGUCAAUCCUCUGCGAUCAUGUCAGAUUUUCACUGUGUGCCAAGGCCACAACUUGGAUUUUUUGGGAUAACAAGAGAGAAUCGGUGAAAUUUAUUUGAAUUGAGUAAAGUUUAUUGUAUCAUGCCCAGUUUUAAACUGUGAAAAGAUGGAGCACACGUAUUGCAAUGAUCAGAUGUACGACAUAUUUAUUCUAGGGAAAUGCAUAUGAAUUCAACCAGAUGAUAUAGUGAAAGAAAAACAUGGUCCAGUCGAUAACUGAAAUUUACAUGCACGAAGAUGAAAACGCAGUUGUCUGUGAAGAAGAUGUAUCGAAUUCACUGCUAAAACAAUUUAAUUUAAGUGGGCCAAAGAUUUGAAUUGGUGGACUUUUAAUUGUAACUUUUGAAGAUGUGAUGAUGUAAUGAUUAUCAGCCUGUGUUGGGUGUUUGGGAUGGUAAGAAUAUUUACACCACCAACUUGGGCUGGUGUUUAGGGCCUCGUAUUUUGCUCAUCCUUGUAAGGACAGAUUAUUAUUACUGGGAUAGAAUUAGUUCAAGGUGUAGUUUUCUUGUUUUUCCAGUAUUUCAGUCAAUAAAACAUUUAUAUUAACAUGUAA